AUGCCUACCCUCCGCUCUGAAUCUGCUCCUCGACGCUCCUCGCGCGUCGUCCAGGCCGACAAGGCCGCCGCGAAGGCCAAGGAGGCUGCCUCUGCCGUCGGGGACAAGGCAGCGAAGAAGGCGCGACCUGCGGCGAAGAAGGCGGGCAAGGUCGUGAAGAAGGCGGCGGCCAAGGCAAAGACUGCUGUGAGGAAGAACGUCGUCAAGCCUGCGGCCAAGAAAGUCGCGAAGGCGGCCGGUGUCGACGUGAAGGAGGACGAGGAGGACAAGCCCAAGUCCACCUCGCGGAAGCGCAAGGCAGACGAGGCAGAGGACGACAAGGACGAGAAGGAGGACAGCAAGAAGCAGAAGAAGGACGAGGGCGCGUCCGGGAAGUACACGAUUGGCGACGUCGUCGAGGAUGUUGUCCUUCACAACGAGGACGACAAGGAGGUCUCGCUCAAGUCGCUCUACGACGAGAAGCCGCUCGUGAUUUUCUCGUACCCCAAGGCCGACACUCCCGGCUGCACGAACCAAGCGUGCGGCUACCGCGACAUCCACAGCGAGUUCUCCGACCUCGGCUACGGAGUCUACGGUCUCUCGAAGGACAAGCCGACCGCGCAACUCAAGUGGAAGACCAAGCACACGCUCGGAUACUCGCUCCUCUGCGACCCGGAGGACAAGCUCCUCAAGAAGCUCGGCGCGACAACUGCGAACAAGCGCUGCCACUGGGUUAUCGCCAAGGGCGGCAAGCUCCUCGAGGCCGCGAUCGGCGUCAAGCCUGCCAACGACCCGAAGAACGCGCUCGACUUCGUCAAGUCCAUCAAGGACGGCGCCGCCGAGGAGAAGAAGGACGAGUAA